AUGCCCAAGCAUAAGAUGUUGUUACCCAGUUUAGGUUUGUCCAUGUUGCUGAAGUUAUCUCUUCCUUCUUCCUCCUUAAACCAAGAACUUGAUUGA